AACUCCUGUGCAAUUUUUCAAGCUGGUGGUUUUGCCGGCUGGAUGUUUACGUGAUCCAGAUGACUACAAUUUACGUACAAAUAGUGCUAUUUUACAUCUUAUUUGGAGCUAGUCAAACUGCUUCUAAAUGGCUACCGAUGAUUCCAGAGGGAUCGUAUCAAGUGGUAGCAGCUGGUGCAAACCUUGUACUGACUUGCAUCUACCAAUAUCGAGACGAAUACGACGCUAACUUCAGUAACAUUUGGUGGACUCUACCUGAUUAUGUCGAAAAGAAUACGAUUGGCGAUCUCCACACACGUCUUAGCAAAACGUUUUAUAGGAACGAAACACACUCGACAUCGACAAUUGUUUUACUCCGAGUCCGGCACACAGACACUGGUUUUUAUGGUUGCGAGCAAAACAGUUGGAACAAGAAGAAAAUUCAACAAUACGUCUACGUUUACAAUAACAACAGCUUCGACUCCAAGUCGAGUUAUCUCACAUUCAUGGAUCCUUACGAAGCUGCUUACCUCGCCCAGCAGGGCGUGUCUCUUCAUGUCCCUUGUAAACCAACCCAUCCGAACUUGAACAUCUCUGUCAUCCGCACCAGUCAGUUUACAGCGAACGGAAUAAUAUCCAUAGAUUUGAAGAAAGAAUCGGAAAAAUACCAAGAAGAUUUACUAGUUGAAUGGAAUUCGAAUUGGUUGCUGAGACCUGAACGUGGAUUGACACUUACAAAUCCGAAAGUCGGUGACGCUGGAAAGUAUGGAUGUAUUGGCACAAUGAACAACAUCACUGACGAGAAAUAUUUCGAUAUUUACGUCAAAGGAAUGGAGGUGGUAAGAGUUGGUGAAAUGGAAGAACUGGUAGAAGGAGCCAACGCCACCCUAAUCUGCCGAAUGUUCACUGAAACUGAAUUUUCUUCACCACCAGCAUGGAAUUAUCGAAUAAACAACACCGGACAAAUGCGAGUUAUAAAUGAGACUAAUCCACCUGAAGGUAUAAAAAUCAAGACGCAACGGUGGAGCAAAGAAGCGUGCAUAUCAGGAUGUAGGGAAUUUACAUACUUUGAAAGCCGACUGGAUUUGCUGGGCAUUAAAGCGAAUAGCGAGACAGCAUUCCAAUGUUCAGCGUUCAUCGAUCAACAAUCAGUAUCAAAGAUAAUUAUGUUCACGAUUAAAGGAAUGAAUUACGACCGGAAACAGGAAAUCAUUACGAUUAUCGCCACUUCUGUAACCAUUAUUUUGCUAAUGUUGUUCGUGAUUGGAAUUGGCAUGAAAUUGUACUUUGAUAAGAAAAAUGCGAAAGAAGAAAUUGAUAGAAGAUUGGGGGGAAAUCCAAAUGGAAUCAAUCCCGAUUUGCCGAUUGAAUAUCAAACUGAAUUCCUGCCGUACGAUAAACGAUGGGAAUUCCCGAGAAAUCGUCUAACACUCGGGAUUCAACUCGGGACGGGAUGUUUUGGACGCGUUGUUAAAGCUGAAGCAGUUGGCCUCAAAGAUUCGAAAGAAACUGUCAAAACAGUGGCCGUCAAAAUGAUCAAAUCGCAAUCCGAUGCCGUUGCCAUGGAUGCCCUUAUUAGCGAAUUGAAAAUUCUGAUAUAUUUGGGAUCGCAUUUGAAUAUCGUCAACUUAUUAGGAGCCUGCACCAAAGAUAUUGUCAAAGGUGAACUGUUGGUCAUCGUCGAGUAUUGUCGGUUCGGCAACUUGCAGACCUACUUGAUCAAUCACCGGGAUCAGUUUAUUAAUCAACUAGACGACUUUGGCAACAUGAAAUCAGGAAUCGAUCCUGAACAAACACACGAACAUUUGAACUUGCCUGCGAAUGGAGAGCGAAACAUCCAGCAAAACGCCAAUGUUGAGAGAGAUCCAGCUUCAAAUUUUACUAUUUCCACCCGAGAUUUAAUUUCGUGGGCUUUUCAAAUAGCUCGAGGAAUGGAAUACUUGUCUUCCAAGAAAGUGCUCCACGGUGAUUUAGCAGCACGUAAUGUUUUACUAGGGGAUGAUGGCGUUGUUAAAGUAGCUGAUUUCGGUAUGGCUCGUAAAAUGUAUUGCAACGAUUAUUACGAGAAGAAGAGCCAGGGACUAUUGCCCGUCAAAUGGAUGGCCAUAGAAUCCUUUACGGAUCAGAUCUUCUCUAGCCAAUCAGAUGUCUGGUCUUAUGGAAUUUUCCUUUGGGAACUAUUUUCCCUCGGCAAAGCUCCGUAUCCAGGGAGGAAUGCUAAAUUUGAACUGAUUAAGGUGCUCCAAAAUGGAUAUCGCAUGGAAAAACCGGACAAUGCACCCAACUUCUUCGGCGAAAUUAUGGCAAACUGCUGGAAAUCAGAGCCGAAUGAGAGACCCACUUUUGUCCAACUGCAGCAGACGAUUGGCAACUACAUGGAGCCCUUAACGACUGCUGAUUAUUUGGAUGUUAGUGUUCCAGACAACGACGAGAUAAACAGAUCGUCUUCCCAGAUAUCGACGUUGCCAAAUGAAGAGCCUGAUUCUCAAUUCGAAAUAGAAGAAGAGAUAACUCAAUUUUAAUUUCUAAAGCUUUAGGAUGUUACGAUUAGAUGUCCGCAAACCUACUGUGAUUUUUUCUUUCCAUAACGAAAGCCAAUUUAAAAUUGUGAUUGACCUCACAAUGCCAUAUACAAAUACCGUUUAUAUACCGUU